AUGAGACACCAGCACAGCCUCACCAUGAGACACCAGCACAGCCUCACCAUGAGACACCAGCACAGCCUCACCAUGAGAACACCAGCAGGAUUCACCAUGAGACACCAGCACAGCCUCACCAUGAGACACCAGCACAGCCUCACCAUGAGACACCAGCCACCUCACCAUGAGACACCAGCACAGCCUCACCAUGAGACACCAGCACAGCCUCACCAUGAGACACCAGCACAGCCUCACCAUGAGACACCAGCAAGCCUCACCAUGAGACACCAGCACAGCCUCACCAUGAGACACCAGAGCCUCACCAUGAGACACCAGCACAGCCUCACCAUGAGACACCAGCACAGCCUCACCAUGAGACACCAGCACAGCCUCACCAUGAGACACCAGCACAGCCUCACCAUGAGACACCAGCACAGCCUCACCAUGAGACACACACACCACCAGCACUCACCAUGA